CCCCGUGCCCGGGUGGAGCCAGCUACCCAGGCAGCGAGACUCCCCAGCCCGCCCUCUGUGCGCCGCCCAGAGUGGAAGCCCAGCGGGGGCCCUGGCCUGGGGCCCCGAUGAGGACACUACUGACCAUCUUGACCGUGGGAUCCCUGGCUGCACACCUCGCGGAGCAGCGCUCGGAUCUGCUUCAGCACGUGAAAUUCCAGUCCAGCAACUUCGAAAACAUCCUGACGUGGGACAGCGGCCCAGAGAGCACGCCAGACACUGUCUACAGCGUGGAGUAUAAGACGUACGGAGAGAGGGAGUGGCUGGCGAAGGCGGGCUGCCAGCGGAUCACCCGGAGAUCCUGCAACCUGACCGUGGAGACGGGCAACCUCACGGAGCACUACUACGCCAGGGUCACAGCCGUGGGCGCGGGGGGCUGGACUGACACCAAGAUGACCAGGCGGUUCAGCUCUCUGCAGCACACUGCCAUCAAACCAGCAGAUGUGACCUGUAUCCCCAAGGUCAGGUCCAUUCAGGUGGUCAUCCACCCUGCCCCCACGCCCAUCCAUGCAGGGGAUGGCCACCAGCUAACGCUGGAGGACAUCUUCCACGACCUGUUCUACCGCGUGGAGCUCCGUGUCAACCACACCUACCAAAUGCACCUUGGAGGGAAGCAGAGAGAAUACGAGUUCUUUGGCCUGACGCCUGACACGGAGUUCCUCGGCUCCAUCACGAUCUUUGUGCCCACCUGGUCCAAGGAGAGUAACCCCUAUGUGUGCCGAGUGAAGACGCUGCCAGAUCGGACCUGGGUCUACUCCUUCCUGGGCGCCAUCGUGUUCCUCAUGGGCUUCCUGAUGGCGGUGUUCUGCUGCCUGAGCUACAGAUACGUCACCAAGCCGCCGGCACCUCCCAACUCGCUGAACGUCCAGCGAGUCCUGACCUUCCAGCCGUUACACUCCAUCCAGGAGCGCGUCCUGGUCCCCGUCUUUGACCUCGGCGGCCCCAGCAGCCCCGGCAGCCUGGUCCAGCCUGUCCAGUACUCCCAGAUCAAGGGUCUGGGGCCGCAGGAGCCCCCAGGAGCCGCACAGCUGCACAGCCCGCCCGGGAUGGUCUACGUAGAGCAGUCGGACAGCUCCGUCCUCAGGCCCUCCGACGCCACGCCUCCCCAGACACGCUCCACCAGGCUACCCUGUGCCCCCAAGGCGACCCCUGAGGUCCCACCACCAUCCUACACACCCCAAGUAACCCCCAAAGCAAAGCCGCCCACCUAUGCCCCACAGGCCAUCCCUAAGGCUCAGCCCUCCUCCUAUGCCCCGCAAGCCGCGGCCGACAGCUGGCUUCCUUCCUAUGGCGUGUGCGUGGCUGACUCCGGCAAAGACCUGCCCCCUGCGGCACUCGCUGGUCCCCAGCACCUCUGGCCCAGGAGUCAGAUCCCGGAAGAGGCGCCAGCAGGAAGCUCCAUCCCAGAGGGCCUUUCUCUGCAGGAAGUGACCUCCUUGAUCUCCUCAGCCGUGGAGGACCCCAGAGAAGACAGCCCCUUCCACCCGCCCCUGGGAGUUUGCAAGGACAGAGAACGUGACCUGGGCGUGCUGCACAGCGAGGGACCGGGGAUCCCAGGGUUCCUCAGGAAUGAUCUCCCACUCCUCUCCUCGGUCCAGAUCGAAGGCCACCCCGCACCCCUGCUUUUGAACACCCCUUCCCCUCCCUGUUCCCCCUCAGAACACGGCCCAAGUCUCUGGGGCCUGCUGGACUCUGUGGUGUGUCCCAAGGAUGACAGUGUAGGGUCCGAGGCUGAAGCCAAGGGCUCAGCCCCCAGGGCCCCGGGCCUGGAGCCGCCCACAGAGCUGGACUCACUAUUCAGGGGCCUGGCCCUGACCGUGCAGUGGGAGUCCUGAGAGAGGGACGGGGAGAGCCUGGGGCUUCCUCUUGUCACCGGCACCCAGCCGUGCCACACAGCCUGUGCUGCAGCCCCAGGUGGGCGCCCUGGAGAGGGCCGGAGGAAGCAGGACGAGGGGUCCCCGCCAUGAGUGAGCUCUCGCCAGAGGAGAACCUGGGGUUCAGCUGCCGCAGGAGGAGCUGCAGGCGGGCCGGCACGCCAGCAAGGGUGGGCUCGCAGAGCCCUGGUGGAGGGGGCAUCAGCCCCAGGGGCUAGCGGGGAAGCCUCCCAAAGGAGCCGGCAUCUCUUCGCCCCGUUCCUGGCCCAUGUCAGCAGCCACAGCGAGCGAGCCUCGGCCACCUCUGCGCAGCUCACCACCGUCAAAGGAGCCCGGAAAAGGACACUCACCGUCCGCCAGGCAGAAUCAGGUCAAACCGCACUGCCACCACGGUCAGAAUCAAGCCCAGUGGCAAGACUCCGGGGAGGGGUGCGGCCUGCGGCUCAUUCCCUACCAGGGGCAUCCUGUGCCUCAGCUGCAGGCUUCGCCCCCUGCAGGCCCACCAGGCAGAGGGACCCCAAGUGCUCUCUGCAGGCGGAAGGUUCAGACUGGAUGCUAAGAACGGGGUUUGAAAGGAAUGUGGGGGCUGGGUGGCCUCUGAGAGGGAACACAACAGUGAAAAACGACAGUGAAAGAACAGUACUUACCUGGCAGCGCUGGGCCCAGCCUUGGGUCCAGCUCACGCACACUGCUCACCAGCUGGGUGACUUCAGGACCUCAGUUCCUGCAUCUGUGAAACGGGGAGAGCAGCACCGCCUCCCCGGGUGGUGUUGAGGGGAAAUGAGACAAUGUGUGUCAAGGGCUCGCUCACAGCAGUGGUGCCCAAUAAAUGGAGCUACUUCCCGG